AUGGUCUACUUUUGAGCUCGUUCGGCAGUUUGUCGAUUCCGUGAGGGAGCGUAUGGAUUAGAAUGGUAUUUGGAUAGCGCACAAGUAGUCCACUUUCAGUUAACGCUAAAAGAUUUGCCGUAUGGAUCAAGUGGGUGGACGGGAGUUGCAUUCGGCAGCACAAUGCGAUCUGGACUGGAUGUAAUCGUUGUGCGGCUGAUCAAUUCCCGAGUAAGUGUCAAUGAUGAAUCUGUAUUCGGAAUUCGAAGUCCGUGGCCAGACCAAAGACAAAACGUCAAAACGGAGAUGUCAUCCAUCAACAAUGGAGUCUUACAAGCUCGAUUCUCACGUCCGCUUGCCACGAAUGAUGUAUACGGUGAUCGUGCGCUCAAUGGAUGUCAACCGUGGCAGUUUCCUGUGACGUUAUCACGUUUGGCACCGGAUGGAUCCCUUCAUAUGCAUCAACUAACACCGCGAUCACGUAUUGUUUGUAUAGACCAGUGCAGGUUGUGA